AUGCUGGGGCUGACCGCCGUCAUCGCCAUAGCCGCUUGCGGCGCGGCCAUCUUUAUUGCUGUCUCGGUGAUCAGCAUUAUUGUCUGGGUCAGAUAUCGCAAAGAGCGCCAUGCAAUAAGACUAUUGGGCUUCACGCAAAGGCAGGGACGGCGCAAUCGGGGGUUACAAUCUUUCCCGGAGGACACCUUGACUGAACUGAGCCGGGCGGAAGGGAGCAUACUGAGGGCGCAUGGUCACCUUCCGUAUGGUAAGCCAACAGAAUGGGGACAAUUAGCAUCGAGUGAGAGUCUGCAUCGUCGGAAAAACGACUCAGAAUCAUCUUUUCCAUUCACCGAGAAAGCACGAUCUCUCCGUAAUUCCCUUUCUCGAUCUCGUUCCAAGCGCCUAUCACGAGCAUCUCACAAACGCAUGAGCUCGUUGGCUACGUUGGGUGAACUGAGUGAAUCAAUUCAUCUUCCUAGUCCGCCACCUAAAGCAUCAAAAUCAAUAUCGAAAGCAGACGUCCCACUUUCAGCUGUUGAGGGGAUUUUGGAAUUACCAGCCGAAAACACCCCAAGGCAAACACCAGAGCUUAACGAGAAUGGUGCUGGGUUCCAUCUAGGUAUGAAGCCUGUUUCACCUGGGUGGCCCCUUCUAGUGCGAGAGCGGUCCAGUCAACUACCUGUUUCGGAUGACCGAAACUCAUCUGGCCCCUUUGAUUCAACCAUGACCUUUGAAGAGUCUCCUGCUCGUCUUCGUGGGGGAAGCAUUGCUAGCCAAAGCGCCGGGAUGAUGCCUGGUCACUCUAUACCCCCUCCUCCACCAACUGCAUAUCCCCCAGACAGACUUAGUUACGCUAGGAAUGACUCUGUGAUGAGACUUUCCUCCAUGAGUCUGGAUACGACCAAUAGCUCGAUAUUGGAUGAUGGUAGAAAUGGAAGUUCGGCUGAUGCCGAUCUGACCUCACCCACCUUCCCCUCAGGCACGUUUGUACCUUUCAGUGCCGCUGACGUUGGAGUCAAGGAUGGUCGGAGGAGUUUCAUUGCAACCAACACAUCCAUCCCGCCUAUGCACAGCUUCCCUGUCCGUUCCUCCUCGACCACUGAAAAUCGCCAAAAAUCUGCAUCCUUGUCACCUCGACGAAGUUUGACGACCCAUCACUUAGGUACCUUCAGCCAUCGUUGGAGCGGUGCUCCACGCCGAUCUGACUCUAUGUCUUCAUCUAAACCCCCUUCAAGACAUGCCUCCCAGCCUGGUCCUCCAGCAGGGCAUUUGGGAUCUCAAAAUUCAGCCCCAUCGGGCUGGCGAUUAUCGGGCUCUCACAUACCCUCUGUACAAAAUGCCAACCAAUUCCAAAACAGUACGGGCUACAUGGAGAAUGACCCCUUCUACAUUGGCUCGCCUGGGGGUGGGACUCUGUUCCACCAGGUUAGAUCACCAGGUAAGGCAACCAACACCAUCAACCCACGAAGCCCAAUACGACGUGACAGUCUCUCUCUCAAGAGCACUCUUCCCUCUGCACUAAAGGGUGGGAAUUCAAACCGCAAGGGUCACCGACGUCAAAACUGUGUUCGCAUUUCUAUCCAUCCACCUAUGACGUUUGGGUCAUCGACGUUCUCUCCUACGGUCGAAGAGGAACCGGAAGAUUUCGACAAGAUGGAGGAGGUGGAUCUACGUGAGGUUUCAAUCAACAUCCCAUCAAAAUCCUUGCCUUCGUUGCCACCAAGUACAACGUCCCCUCUGUCCUCUUCAAGACGCAGCAAGUACGGUAGUCGACAUGGCAAGCCCGAUCUAGGUCUAGGCUCUCUCGGGCCACUAGUCGAGGAGCCACAGCCCCCAAUGUACGACGACAGUCCUUGCAAGAAGAGAAACCGCGCUCCAUCUGCCAUGCCUGCCAACAAGCUUCAAUUCGAAAACAAUCGCGCUCUCCCUGAAUUAUUUACAUCCCUGCCUUUGCCUCAUAAUAGUCUCACGCACACUCCUUCUCCCGAAAGAGUACCACCUGCAUGGAAACUCGCUGAAACUCCAUUCACAUCCCACGAGAACUCCCCUGGUAGCCCACGACGCUCAGCGGUAAAAGGGCCUCGCAGCCAGCCAGGUGUUACUGCAACUCGCAGCCGCUCGACUCGCGUCCCGCCAACCUCUGGUUAUGCACUAGAUAGUCCCUUGGCCUCGCCUACCCGCCUCCCUCUUGUCAUGAGUAUCACAGGAACAGAAGGUAGUGACUGGCGGAGAUCGACAGAGUCAGUAAAACGGCCGAAAACUGAUACUCCAAAUCGCUCAAUCCGCCGAGCUCGUGAUUCAAUGUCCAGCUUAGAAAACGGGCUAGGUCCCAUUGGCGGCGCUUCUGCACUCUAUGGUCCCCGCCGCUCCGCAAUGGUCCAAGAUCGCGUCACUAUUUUUGAGGAUUCCAACUGGGCCACCUCCCCUUCUAAAACUCCCGUGCUACUCCCAACUGGGUCAUUCUGCACGCCUGGAUCCUCUCCCACUCGUGGCAAGAACACCCGGCCCCGUUCCAUGCCAAACAACCAACGAUUACCGUCUCAUAUGUCGAGUCACCAUGCACCACCAACUCCUGCUUCUCCCCGCCGAGGGAUGACUACUCCAACGGGCAAGAAGCUCGGAGUUGGAAUUGGAACUGCCACGCCUGCUAGCCUAUACGACGGCGAUGGGUUCCUACGGGAAUAA